AACACAUCGAUGGCUUAAAUCGGGAGCAGCUGCUCUGGCGAUUUCGUCCAGGGUUUCCAAUUCGAUCGCUAUUCUUGCUCGUUGUCUUUGGCGUUGAUCCUUAUACUCUCCCUUCUCGGGGAAUCGCUGCGCUCUGGUGGCGUGGUUGAUAUCUGGAUCGGUCUCUGUCGUUGAGGAUUGGGAUCAGUCCGGGGAGAUAUGAUGCUUUUGUUGCAGGGUGAUGGUCGGGAGCCACAGCAGCAACAGCAAGCUGGUGCGGCAGCUGCGGCUGCGGCUGCUGCUGCUGUUCCGAUGAUGUUUGGGCCAGGUGGUGUUGGGAAUCUAGGGUUUCUUGCGGGGCCUUCUGGUGGAGCGGAUCCAGAGGAGGCGGGGUAUCUGCUUCCACCGUUUGAUGCCUCCACGGAAGUCAAGCCCUUGCAGCCUGUGAAGUCCAUUGAAGUUGAUGGAGAUGUUUACUUGAGCAUUGCACAUCAGUUGUAUAAAGCUGGAAACUACCAACAAGCUUUGGAGCACUGCAAAGCUAUUUAUGAGAAAAACCCACGACGGACUGAUGUUCUCCUUCUUAUUGGAGCAAUUUAUUUCCAGUUGCGCGAUUAUGAUAUGUGUAUUGCGAAAAAUGAGGAAGCUCUUUCCAUUGAUCCCCACUUUGCAGAGUGCUAUGGCAACAUGGCAAAUGCUUGGAAAGAAAAAGGCAACAUUGAUCUUGCUAUUCGUUAUUAUUUGUUUGCUAUAGAGCUUCGACCUAAUUUUUGUGAUGCAUGGUCAAAUCUUGCGAGCGCGUACACUAAGAAAGGAAGACUUAACGAGGCAGCUCAAUGUUGUCGCCAAGCUCUUGCUUUGAAUCCUCGUUUGGUUGACGCCCACAGUAACCUCGGAAAUUUGUUAAAAGCUCAAGGUUUAGUUCAAGAUGCUUAUAACUGUUACAUUGAAGCUUUGCGCAUACAGCCUACAUUUGCAAUUGCUUGGUCCAAUCUAGCUGGGCUCUUCAUGGAGGCAGGAGAUCUUCCCAGGGCCCUUUUGUAUUAUAAGGAAGCAGUUAAGCAUAGGCCAACCUUCGCUGAUGCCUACCUGAACCAAGGGCACAUUUACAAGGCUAUGGGAAUGCCUCAAGAGGCCAUUAUUUGCUAUCAACGUGCACUCCAGGCUCGUCCAGAUUAUAGCAUGGCUUAUGGAAGCCUUGGUACCACAUACUAUGAACAAGGGCAGCUUGACCUGGCUAUUCUUCACUCUAAGCAAGCAAUUGCCUGUGAUUCAGGUUUUGUGGAGGCGUACAACAAUCUGGGAAAUGCUUUGAAAGAUGCUGGCAAAGUGGAAGAGGCUAUCAAUUGCUAUAGAUCUUGUCUUGCUUUUCAACCUAACCACCCACAAGCUCUUACAAACCUUGGGAAUGUAUAUAUGGAAUGGAAUAUGAUGAGUGCUGCUGCCACCUUUUAUAAGGCCACACUUUCUGUAACUACUGGAUUAUCUGCCCCUUACAGUAAUUUAGCAUUAAUAUACAAACAACAGGGAAACUAUGGUGAGGCCAUAGCUUGCUACAAUGAAGUGCUUCGAAUAGAUCCAUUGGCCGCAGAUGGGCUAGUGAAUAGAGGGAACACAUUCAAGGAGAUGGGUAGAGUAAGUGAAGCAAUUCAGGAUUAUCUUAGGGCUGUAACUGUGCGGCCAACUAUGGCUGAAGCUCAUGCAAAUUUGGCUUCAGCUUACAAGGACAGUGGUCAUGUGGAAGCAGCAAUAAAGAGUUAUAAGCAAGCACUGUUAUUACGGCCAGACUUCCCAGAAGCAACUUGUAAUCUUCUGCAUACCUUACAGUGUGUCUGCAAUUGGGAUGAUCGGGAGAACAAAUUUAUUGAAGUUGAAGGCAUCAUUAGGAGGCAGAUUAAGAUGUCGGUUCUUCCAAGUGUGCAACCUUUUCAUGCUAUAGCAUACCCCAUUGAUCCUAUGCUUGCUUUGGAAAUCAGUCGAAAAUAUGCUGCUCAUUGCUCUUUGAUUGGUUCACGUUACGGUCUUCCUCCAUUUGUACAUCCUCCCCCUAUUCCUGUCAAAUCUGAAAAAGGUCAAGGACGGCUUAGGAUUGGCUAUGUAAGCAGUGACUUCGGUAACCAUCCUCUGUCUCAUUUAAUGGGCUCAGUAUUUGGAAUGCAUAAUCGUGAUAAUAUUGAGGUCUUUUGUUACGCCUUGAGCCAAAAUGAUGGGAGUGAGUGGAGACAACGCACCCAAAGAGAAGCUGAACACUUUAUUGAUGUAUCUUCCAUGUCAUCUGAUAUGAUUGCAAGAAUGAUUAAUGAAGAUAGGAUACAGAUCCUGAUAAACCUCAACGGUUACACCAAGGGCGCAAGAAAUGAAAUCUUUGCAAUGCAACCAGCUCCCAUCCAGGUUUCUUACAUGGGUUUCCCCGGGACCACUGGUGCAACUUACAUUGACUACUUGGUUACAGAUGAGUUUGUUUCUCCCACAAGAUUUGCUCAUAUUUACUCAGAAAAGCUUGUGCACCUACCUCAUUGCUACUUUGUAAAUGAUUACAAACAGAAAAACCGUGAUGUCCUAGAACCAGUCUCUCGCCAUAAACGAUCUGAUUAUGGAUUGCCUGAGGAUAAAUUCAUCUUUGCAUGCUUUAAUCAACUUUACAAGAUGGACCCUGAUAUAUUUAAUACCUGGUGCAACAUUCUGAAACGUGUUCCAAAAAGUGCACUGUGGCUUCUGAGGUUUCCUGCUGCUGGUGAAGCAAGACUCCGUGCAUAUGCUGCUGCUCAAGGAGUGAGGCCAGAUCAGAUCAUAUUCACUGAUGUUGCUAUGAAGAAUGAACACAUAAGGCGCAGUGCUUUAGCGGAUCUUUUCCUUGAUACGCCUCUGUGUAACGCGCACACUACUGGAACUGAUGUUCUUUGGGCUGGUUUGCCAAUGAUUACCCUUCCACUAGAGAAAAUGGCGACUAGAGUGGCUGGUUCAUUGUGCCUAGCGACAGGAGUUGGGGAGGAGAUGAUUGUGAAUAGUAUGAAAGAAUAUGAAGAGAAGGCUGUUGCUCUGGCUGAGAAUCCAACAAGGCUCCAAACACUGAGAAAUAAAUUGAAGGCUGCACGGAUGACCUGCCCACUUUUUGAUACAGCUCGAUGGGUGAGGAAUCUCGAUCGAGCAUAUUUCAAAAUGUGGAACUUGUACUGCAGUGGCAAGCAUCCCCAACCCUUCAAAGUUACUGAAAAUGACUCCGAGUUUACAUAUGACAGAUGAUUCAUAGAAAAUAGGCUUUGUAAAUAAAGGCAGUAUCCAAAUACAAUAGGAAAAUGGGUUGUGUUGUAGGUUGCAGAUGGCGCACUGUUCUGCGUUUGAGCGUUUGGCAGUGCGGAAGGAGAGGCCGUUUGACAUGGUUAUUAUAGGAUUGCUGUUUCGUAUUUUGCCGCGGCAAGACUUUUGAGUUAUAAAUCAUCAAAACGCCGAGAGAUUUGUUACUUUAACUAGACUCAUACUCUCUUGUAUUACCUGAGUAUCAUUAUAUGUAUAUGUGCAUACCAACAUGAUAUUGUUUUAAACAUUGUUAAGAGUUCAGUGCCAA